UGGUACUAAGGAUAAGUUGUCUUGCUUCCGGUCUAAGAAAAACAAUAACAUGGCAUCUGUCCCAUCCAAGUCUUGUGUUUCAACUAAAUGUAGCCCUGACACUUCCUCCAACCACGUUGAUAUUCACUCAAAGAGAAGUCAUGAUGGCCCAGAAACUACUACCCCCUCCAACAAUAACACUGAAAAUAUUAAAAAGCGUAGAUGCAACACUGAGGGCAUUUCCAUAGAAUGUUGCACAAACAUGACAAACAUAAACACAAAUACUUCUGAAUGGACAAUGCAAUGUUUAUCAAACUUUCAUAUCCAAGCUGAAACUGACGCGUCAGAACCAUCAAAUAAAUUGUUGGAUGCAUACGGAGUAUUCACAAAUGGUUUAUUGCAUUUCAUAAACAAUAAAAAUAAAUGUGCAAACAUUGUAAGCAAUUUUGGAGCACGCAGUGAAGAAGACCAUCAAAAAUGUGAUUGUUACAAAUAUGCAGUACAUGAUGUAUUUAAUAUCGACUGUCAUCACAUUGAUGAAAUUACAGAUGAAGACCUCAAGAAGAUUAAAACUGAUUUAUGGAUUGAUAAUUUUGUUGAAAAAAUAACUAGUACUAAACAACGCAAAGUGCGUGAAAGAAUUUGUAGAGAUUUAUCUAGGCAACUUAACAUGUUUAAAAGGCAGCUUAUCUAUAUGCUUAGAAGAAGGAGAGGAAAUGAUUUGAAAGAAAUAUCUGAAGGAAUGUAUCAAGAAUUAUUUGUUUCAUUUGCACGAAUAUUUGGCUUAAAUAUUGUGAGUGGCUCAAAUGUUGAUCAAUACUCAUUAAAUAUUAACGAUACAGAUAUUGUUGCCAUACCAAAUGGAUUGAUAUGCCAUCCUACAGAUGUCAAUGAGGACAAGAUAUGUGCUGUCAUUAAGGUGAAGAGGUACAGAGAAGAUGGAGGCAAUGAUUUGAGAAGUUCAAAUAAUGCAUGUUAUGCUCCACACAUUGAUUCGUCCUUGAAAGGUCAACUUGGUGGACAGUUCCUAUGUACUUUACCAUUCUCUGUCUUUGGAAAUAAUGGAAUGUAUGGAUUCCUUGUACAAGGAACAAAUGUGACACUGACAUCUUUUAAACCAGAGGAUGGAUAUUAUACAGAUUUAUGUGAUGGAAAUUUGCAGAACAAGGGAGCAGUAAUAUUAUACAGCAAAGAAUAUAAUCUUCUUAGAAAAGAAGACAGAAGACAGUUGGUACAAACAUUCUUAGACAUGGGCAAAUUACUAGAAUAUUUCUAGAAAAAUAAUCCUGUCAAUCAUUGAACAUUCAACAUGUUUACUGGCAAAUAUCUAGCAGUUUUAUUUGUGGAUUUCUUCAAUGGAAAGCUUGAACCAUUUGCUGGAGUAGCUUUUGUAAGAAAAGGAAAAAAAUGGUCUUCAAUAAAUGCAUCAACUAUGAUGGGGUAGAAGAGAACCCUGAUUCAAGCAUUGGACAAAUCAUCCAGUAGAUACAGAUAAUAUAGCAGUUUAAGAUCCAGAAUCAGGCAACAGUGGCAAUGACAAUAUAAAUGAGACUAAUAGCAGCAAAGAAAUGUCAGGAAGAUGCUUCUGUUGCAAGAGAACAACAUGAUUAGGAAAAUUCCUCCCAACCUUUAGAUUUUAUCAACUCUGAAAAUCAUCUUUAUGAUGAUACACAACUAUUAACUACAUGAUCAA